AGUAAAAGCUCUGCAAGUCUGCAAUAAAAAUGGCCUCCAAUAAAACUACAUUGAAAUCCAAAACAUUUGUAUUUAAAUGACAAGAAAUAGAGAAGCCAAAAAGAGUACCAGAAAGCAAUCUUCCAUUGAAUCAAAGAAUUUUAGUCCAACAGAGAACACAGAUGGAGAUGUUCCCCACUUGUAGUCUGCUUGCCUUAUCACCACACAAAAUGGGAAAGAAACAGAAUGGCAAAGGUAAAAAAGUUGAAGAGGCAGAGCCUGAAGAAUUUGUUGUGGAGAAAGUCCUGGACAGACGUGUUGUAAAUGGAAAGGUGGAAUACUACUUGAAGUGGAAAGGAUUUACAGACGCUGACAACACAUGGGAACCUGAAGAAAACUUAGAUUGUCCAGAGCUAAUCGAAGCUUUUCUGAACUCUCAGAAAGCUGGCAAAGAAAAAACAGAUGGUGCCAAAAGAAAAUCUUUGUCAGAUAGUGAAUCUGAUGAUAGUAAAUCAAAGAAAAAGCGUGAUUCUGUUGAUAAACCAAGAGGGUUUGCAAGGGGUCUUGAUCCUGAGCGGAUAAUUGGGGCUACAGAUAGCAGUGGAGAGCUUAUGUUCCUCAUGAAAUGGAAAGACUCUGAUGAGGCAGAUCUGGUCCUGGCCAAAGAAGCUAACGUGAAGUGUCCUCAGAUCGUAAUCGCUUUUUAUGAAGAGCGACUAACUUGGCAUUCAUGCCCAGAAGAUGAAGCACAAUAAUUGUUUGCAUUGCUUUUUUAUAUAUAUGAAUAUUAAAACCUGAAAUUUGAUUUAUUAGCAAUGUGAGAAGCAUACAUUCUAACAAGAAUCAAAUUUGAUAUUUUUUUGAAGUAGUAUGUUUUGCAUCAACAGCAAGUAAAUAAAAGCUUUCUGCAACUUAUUUCAUUUAUCACAACAGAGCAUUUGAUACUACUACUUCCUCCAUAUUAGGUAAAAGCUUUUAUAAAACAUUCAUAAACUUCCAUAGUUAUUACAGAGUCAUAAUGAAUGUCUAAACCAACUCAGAUGUUUUGUAGUCUUCUAUACUAUUGAUGUGCAUGUAUUUUCUUUACCCAAACCUAGCCCUCUAAACCUGUAGAAUCAUUCUUUUUAGUAUUUGGGAUCACUUGGUCUCAAGAAGACCAGGUGAAAACUAACUUUGUAGUAAUUUGAAUGUUAUCAGACUGUAUAUUGUUUACUUUAUUGUAAAUACUGGUGAACAGUGGUCAAUAAAAUAGUUUUAUAUUCU